AUGGGCAAUAUGGAUAAGACUCCUCUUUCUUUUGAUAUGCCAAGUAAUAUAACUAUAGAUGAUAAGGGAAAUAAACUAUUAGUAUUAGGACUUGUGAAUGUUCUACAGCUUGAGUUUCCAUCAGGUGUAGUUAUUAGAGCUAAUGCAAGUAGAUGGAUGAAUGAAAUAGAAAUAAGUUUUAGAUAG